AUAAAAAAAAUAAAAAAAGAGGAAAAUUUCUGUCUUUCCCCCUUCUCCUCCCUCUCUGAAAAUCCCUCUCAAACAAGAACAAGCCCUAAAUCUCUACAUUAAUCAAAAUUACCGCUUUCCCCUUCCCCGUCCCGUCGCCCUUCCGCCGUGCGGUCGCCCUGCCCACGUGCCGUCUCCCUGCCGCCGUGCCGUCGCUGAGUUCGAGCUUUGGCCGCAAUUGGGGAGCUUCGGAGUUAGACGGACGCACUAAGCACCAUGCGCAAGUUGGCAGCUCAACUCUCCACUUAUUAUUACAGAAGAAACACUGUACCUGUACGCAUUGCCCAGCCACGAAAUUUGUCAUCCCUCAAUGGAAAAGAUGAGGUCGCCCUUGAACAAGACGCUGAAAGAAAAAUAGGCUGGCUGUUGAAAUUGCUUUUUGCUGGGACUGCCACGGUUAUUGGUUACCAGUUCUUUCCAUAUAUGGGGGAUAAUUUGAUUCAGCAGUCUGUGUCACUUUUACAUGUGAAGGAUCCGUUGUUCAAGAGAAUGGGAGCCUCAAGACUAGCCCGCUUUGCUAUGGAUGAUGAAAGAAGGAUGAAAGUAGUGGAAAUGGGUGGUGCUCAAGAGCUUUUAAAUAUGUUGGAGGGUGCUAAAGAUGACCGCACUCGGAAGGAAGCUCUGAAGGCUCUUUCGGCCCUCUCGCGCUCAGGUCAAGCUGCUGAAGCUUUACAUAAUGCUGGAGCGAUUGCGAUUAUCAGUUCUACUCCAGAUUCCUCGGAGGAUGUUGAAGUUGAGAAAUACAAGGCUAGCUUGUUGCAGAGAUUCCAAGAUCUGAAGUAUGAUGUUUUACCUUGAGAUAAGGGAAGAACUCUUUUAACGGUUUACAGUGGGUUACAAACACUAAGAAGCAUACUAAACGACGGGUACUCAAACAUUUGUAUAAGAUUGGCAUACAAAGGUAACUCUGUUUUCAACAUGUCUCGUGCCGUUGACUGCCUAUUUAAUUUUUUCAUUCUGUCACCCAAAGAAUAAUUUUUACUUCAGGUAGAUUGCACUCAUCGCCUUGAAUAUUAGCUAAUUCCCUGCUCAAACGC